AUGGCAGACUCAGCGAGCGAUGCCGCGGCGUACCUGGCAGAUAUCGUUGCGGCAUACAGCACAGUCAUCACGGUGGUGACCUGCAACAUCGCCGCCGCCGUCCUCGUCUUCUACGACUACGCCCUGACCUUCGACCAAGAGGUCCGCAUCAUCUGGCGCGCGGCGCGCUUCAGCAGCCCGGCGCUGCUGUUCUACGUCGUCCGCUACGCCGCGUUCUUCAGCUCCAUCCUCAUCGUGCUCGACGUCACGGAGUGGCCGGGGCAGAACGACCUCAGGUAUAUGCGCUACAUGGGCUUCACAAAUUCGACGAGGGCCUGA